CAAAUUUCUCUGAAUAGAGAGAGAAAUUUACAUAUCAUACACAAACAAAUUUAUAUUCUACUUUACCAAAAACAUUUCUGUUAAAACAAUACAAAACAAACAUAAAAGUAUACAUCUCCUCUAAAAUGUCCUAACAUGAACUUAAUGUUAAAACAACAUCGCCGACAUUCAUAUAAUGUUGUAAGAUCAAAUGUAAUGUAUUGUAACAAUUGAAUCAUUCGUUGAUAAUAUGGCACAAGAUCAUAGUACAACCGCAAACACUUCUUCUCGCGUGAUAUCCGAUGAAGAUUACAAUGGAUUGACGAUUUGUAAUAGAAACGUAUCGACCGAAUUACUAACGGAAAUCUUCUGCAACGCCGAUCAUGGGACUCUAUUGAAUUGUCAAUUGGUAUGCAAAUAUUGGAGGACGGUGAUACAGAAUUACGUCUGGUGGAAGAAGGCGGGGUUAGCACUGGGUAAACCAUUCCCCCGCUAUGAGAAGAUACCUUGGCAUGUGUUCUAUUUCAUAUGCAAAACAAAACCACCAUUCGAAAGGAACCUGUUGAAGAAUCAUUCCGGCGAGGAGCUCGAUAAUAAUUGGAAUAUUCUCAGCGACGGCAGCAGUCGUUGGACAGUCGAGAAUCCGCCCAUCGGCGUACCGGAAUUACCGUUGACCGAACCGAUAUUUGAAGGAAAACAGUACUGUUUUGCGAUGGCUUUUUACAACUUCUCGUAUCGAGAGAUAGUUGGGGGGUUUGGUUUCAAAAAACAGGUGGUUGAUCUAGUGGCCGAGGGAUUCCAUCCGCAUAUCCUAGAUGUUUUGCAGCCUCCUAUAGUGAUUAGUGAAUGGUAUAGCUGUCAAAAUGGCUACUCAGCAAUAUAUGAAUGCCUGAUUGAAUUGUUAGGAGUUGAGGAAAAGGAUAACGCGGUGAAAGUUUUAGACCUGUUUCGAUUUAGCGAUGCUAUAAAAGGGGAGAGACAGAACAAAUGGCAAUAUAUAUCGCGUAUAUUUACAAACUAUGGACGUGGCCUGAGAAAGAUUACCUUCAUAGACAGUGGAAUGGGCAAUUCACCACCUGGAGAAAGAUAUUGGGGUACCAAAAUGGCUGGGGCGUGUAUACGUAUAAAGAUUCCUCAGGUUGCUACACAUAUGAUGAUGCAGAGAUUCACCACCAAUCCUAAAUGUACAGAGAUAUUAUUAUAA